CGACUAGUCGAUCUCCGGGAACUGUGGGAUCAUUCACGAACGGGGUGUGCCAUGGAGAUUGUUCGUGGUGGAUCGUGGACGGCGGCGACGUCGAGGUUGUCAUACGUUGAGAUUGCAUUGUCCUAGAGUCAUUCGAGGCGUCAUCGUCCCUCGACUUCAGCCCAGUCCGAACUACGAUGAAGGAGAAGACCAGGCCGAUAAGUGCGGGAAAGACAUUCAAACAAACUACAUAUCCAACAUCUGGACUCUUGAGUACCAUGAUGACAAGUGCUAUUGAAGCUGCGGAGUAUACGGCAGCCGACUGGACGAUCCCCUCUAUGACCCUCUGUAUGACGGGACUGGAGUGAGGUCCGAAUGUUAGUUGUAGAACCCGCCACAGUAUGAGUACUGUACAGAGGACAUUCGUGAACACUGACGUGGCAAAGAAGUCAGGGGUGGGUACCAUGGGUAGCCAAGGCAAGGAGUAUCCUAGCAAGAUGUCACAAAUGAGCA